AUGUACAGCGGCAAGGGAGCAUGUUACACGCCCCGCUGCACCACCGAGGUGAGUGUAAAGACCACCACGAAAACGUGUCAUCAUCUGAAGCCCAUCUUCCAUUGUGGGGUUGCCUGGCACCAUCACCGCAGGCACACAAAGAGGUGGAAGCUGCCCUGGAGGAAAGAAAGGAGUCAGAAAACUGGUGGAAACAUCGACCAGGUUGAUCCUCAGGCAGCGAAGGAGGUCGAGGAGACCCAAGUUUUGGACCUGCAGAUAGUUCCAGAGUCUGGCGUUCUUGCAGAAGUCCACGCAGUGACACUGGAGGUUUUAUAUACUCCAAUAGUGGAGAACACUCCUGAAGAAAUGGAGGAAGUCCUCCAAACCUCUACAUCUUUGAGGGAUGAGGUGGAGAAGAACUGUGAGCAGCUCCUCGUGAAUGAUGCAGAUGUCAUCAUUGAGGUCCUUGAGGUGCUGGAGGAUGAUGUGGUCACAGUUAGUGUCGAGCCAGUUGGUGAUCAGGUGAUCAUCAUUGUGGAUGAGGCUGGAAUUAAUAAGCAGGAGACCACAGCAGGGCUUGUGGUUGAGCUGCUGAAAGAAGUUGAGAGGGUCAAUGGUCGGCCUAUUGAUUUUAAAGCAGGAAUUCAAAUUCUGCCUGCUGAUGAUAUUGAUGAGGAUGCUGACGAUCGGGCCACAGAGCAGCUCGUCUCCAUCAUCUCAGAAAUCGAGAAAAUUAAACUGGCUGAGCUCCAUCCUCUGGCUUCCAUUCAGUAA